UCUCUCUCUCUCUCUCUCUUUAAAGGAAAAUGGGCUAUGAUAAAUGUUAUUUAGGCUCUUUAUCUGAUAAUGAAGUUCAGUUCUUUAGAUCUCAAACCAAUGGGACAAAUGAAUAUCCUUCUUUAUCAAGUUCUUCUUCUCUAGCUAUUUCAAACGGAAACUCUGCAUCCUCGAACUCGAACUCAAACCUUCCGUCGUCUACCUCUUCUACUACUGUGUCUAAUAAUCCUAUCUCGACUUCUGUAUUUACUCAUUCAUCCAUUAAAUAUAGACACCUCUCCGAGUCUGCACUUUUGGAAGCUGUUAUCACAUGCUUACCUAAAACGAUUCGCGUAUCGUCCAAUUCAGAGGCCUGUUUUAUGAGCCAACUCUCUGAAAUGAUACGACAAAUUCGAAUACCACGUUAUCCUGAUCAUUUCUGUAGUAUCUAUAAGGGAAGACAAAAUUUAAAGGGGUCACGUAUGAUAUUAAAAAAUUGGUUUAUAAGACAUUGGUACAACCCUUUCCCGACAAAGAAGGAGAAAGAGCUUCUUUUAGGUCAAACAGGCUUAGACUUUAUGCAGAUUAAAAACUGGUUUUCAAAUACUAGAAAACGACAUUGGAUUCCCAUUGUCAAUGGCUUAAUUCAUAGGUAUGGCCGAGAAUUCAUUAGUUUAAUUAUAUUUGCUCAUGGUAAACUGGACCAUUUGAAUCGUCUUGGUGAGAGAAGAAGAAAUGCAAGUUAAUCAACGAAAAUUAACAAUACGUUCUAUUUAUAUUAAUAA